CAACUCGGAGCUUCCUUGAAUUAGAAGCUGGGUAGCAAUGGCGUGCGUUAAAAUCAAGUCGUGAUCUCGGGGGCGACCGAAGGUUUUAAACUCCUUCUCAGGUAUAAAUAAUCGGGGUUAGAUCAUCAAAUCAACUGUCAUCUUAGUACCUUCACUUCGUAGUGGUAGAUAUUAAAUACACCCUGCCGGGAUGAAGCUCUUAACCGCCUUCACUAAUCUCCUAGCUGCCACCAAUGUAGCCAUGGCAGCAAGUCUACCUCUGCGCAUCGUCUCGUUCAACAUUCGGUACGCCGCGACGUCUCUUGAUAAUAAUGAAAAGCCCUGGUCGGGCCGCCGCACAGGUCUCAUCAACCAACUCAAGUCAGUAACCGCCAAUGCAUCGGCGGCCGGGGCUGUGUCGGUGCUGGGCCUGCAAGAAGUUCUCGACGCCCAACUAAACGACAUUAAGAACGGUUUGGGAACCGACGUCUGGACUCAUUUUGGCUUUGGCCGAGACGACGGCAAGAAGAAGGGCGAGUACAACCCGAUCAUCUACCGCACCGACGUUCUCAAGCUAUUAUACAGCGAGCAGAAGUGGCUGUCGCCUACGCCAGACGAGGUCUCGUUCGGAUGGGGUGCCGGUAGCCGACGAGUCAGCGUGAUUGCUGUCUUCGAGCACAUCGGAACCGGAAAGCGCUUCAUCCACGCCAAUACGCACCUAGACAACGUGAGCUCGCAGGCGCGUAGCGAGGGGAUCAAGGUCGUUUUGUCGCGCAUCCGGGCUGUGCAGGAUACGUACGGUCCUUUGGGCGUAACGUUAACCGGCGACUUCAACUCGGAGCCAGGCGGCGAUGCGUACACUACGCUCGAUGGCACGGGGUAUCUGACCGAGCUGUGGAACUCGGGGGCGAAACGGCUGGGAACUAAUCAGCUAACGUACACGGGCUUUUCGACGACGGGCAAGAGCCGCAUCGACUUUGUCUGGUUCGGUCCUAAGGGCGAGGAUCGGUACUCGGCGCAACAGUUUGAGUUCCUGAAUAAUGAUAUAGACGGUGUUUUUAUUAGCGACCAUCGGGCUGUGGUUGCUGACCUGGUUGUGCUUUGAGUUAGAUGUUGGGGUUUGGUAGUUGGUGUGCCUAUCUCGAUCAUCCGAGUAGAGUGAAAUUUCAGAUUUAUGAUAGACACUAAUAAAGGCUCUAUUUAUUAACAA